AAAAAUGGACUUGACCUAGUCUGGCUUUGGAGUACAGAAUUAUUUUUUUACAUUUCCUUACAAUUAACUCCUUUUAAGUUCUAGCCAAAAUUAAUGGAUUAAAAAAUACCGACCCUCAAAGCCAUAAGUAAAAUAACCGUAUUUUGAAUCCAAAUUAGGAAUCCAUUAAACGUCAUAAGCAGUGAUAAUUUAUACAGUGAUUUCAUAAUUACUUUCUGCUCGAAAUACAUUAUCAUGAAGUUCAACUGUUAUCACCAGUGCUUUGGUCUCACAGUAAUCGGAUCGUAAACAUGUCCCAAACGUGCAAGAAACUCUUCAAUGCGUCUGUGUUUUCUAAUUUUAAGGCAUUGAGUAACCGAAACGUCAGAAAUGCGCCCCAACUGCGUCUCUACCACCUGGGUUCCAGCCUGGCAGCCAGGAUAUCCUUCAACAUGGCCGACAUCGGCGAAGGAAUCAAAGAAGUGGUUGUGAAAGAAUGGUUCGUGAAAGAAGGCGACACAGUGAAACAGUUUGACGAUAUUUGCGAAGUGCAAAGUGACAAGGCGUCCGUCACUAUAACCAGUCGGUAUGAUGGGGUGAUCGCAAAGUUGCAUUACAAAGUUGACGACGUCGCGUUGGUUGGGAAGCCCUUGGUUGAUAUUGAGACAGAUGGAGAUGACGUUCCUCGAGAGGAAAAGUCGGAACCAGAUCCUCAAAUCAAACAAAAAUCUCCCCCACCAGCAUCAAAAGAAGAUACAGCAGAAAAAAUCAGUAUUCACAAAGAGCAAAGUUCAGGUCCAGCUUCUUCUACAACAAAUGAAGUGGUAGAUAGUAAUAAAGAAGUAUUAUGUAUUCCAGCUGUCAGAAGAUUGGCCAAAGAACACAACAUCGAUUUAACGAAAGUAAAAGGCACAGGACGAGAUGGAAGGAUACUGAAAGAAGAUGCCCUGCAUUAUUUAGAGAAUCUCAAAAAAUCGCCAGCACCAACUCAACAGCCGCCCACUACAACGUCACAACCUCGGGUGCAAUCCGUUCCUAGUGGAACCGAUAGAGUUGAACCUAUCAAAGGGUUCCAGAAGGCUAUGGUCAAAACGAUGACUGAUUCAUUGAAAAUCCCGCACUUCGUGUACAGCGACGAACUCAAAAUAACCCGCCUGUCUCAAAUCCGCAAGACAUUGAAAACCUCCCACAACCAGUCGAUAUCUUUUAUGCCGUUCCUCGUCAAAGCCGUGUCGAACGCCCUGCAGCGCUAUCCGGUCCUGAACUCUUCCAUCGACGACAGAUGCGAGAACGUCACCUACCAUGCGAGGCACAACAUCGGCGUUGCCAUGGAUACCAAAGUGGGAUUGGCCGUGCCCGUCAUAAAGGAUGUGCAGGAUUUGGGAGUGAUGGAGAUACACGCGGAACUAAGGAGGUUGGUGGAAUCCGGGAAACAGGGGGUAUUCAAGCCGAGCGAUUUGGCUGGCGGGACUUUUGCUGUCUCCAAUAUAGGAUCGAUCGGAGGAACAUACAUGAAACCAGUAAUACUUCCGCCUCAGGUGGCUAUUAUGGCUAUAGGAACUUCACAAUUGCUGCCAAGGUAUGAUGACGACCUUAACAUUGUGCCAGAAGAAAUAGCCAACAUAAGCGUUGCUGCAGAUCACAGAGUCAUAGAUGGUGCUACAGUUGCUAAUUUUGUAAAAGACUUGAAAAAACAAGUCGAAAAUCCUUAUCUACUAUUUCUGAAUAUUUGAUAAAUAAACUGAUUGCAUCCACAAUUUGUGUAUUACUAGAAUUGUAUCCACC